GAAAACCCACAUGGACCAAACUAGGAAUCCCAGCCCCAGCAACAACAGCAGCAAGAUCAGUAGCAGCAGCCGACUUCUGGUGCUUCAAAGCCACUUGUCUACUCAGAAGCCUACUAUGGCUUCCGAGAAAGAAGCUGCUCUCGCUGCAGCCGCUCUUCCUGCCGAUUCUCCAACUAUAUUUGACAAGAUUAUUAACAAGGAAAUUCCUGCUAACGUUGUCUAUGAAGAUGACAAGGUUUUGGCUUUUAGAGACAUAAAUCCUCAAGCACCCAUACACAUUCUGCUUAUUCCAAAAGUGAAAGAUGGCCUAAGUGGAGUUUCGAAGGUUCCUGAAGCUGAGGAGAGGCAUAUUGAGAUUCUUGGACGCCUUCUUUAUACUGCAAAACUUGUUGCCAAACAAGAAGGCCUGGAAGAUGGCUUCAGACUUGUGAUUAAUGACGGGCCCAGUGGAUGUCAAUCUGUUUAUCAUCUUCACAUUCACCUUCUUGGUGGACGCCAAAUGAACUGGCCACCAGGCUAAAGACUAGUUCAUGCCAAAAGUAUACCUUGAUGGUGUAGUGCUUAUAUGUGCCUCCCCUUAUCUAACAGAAUUAUAAUAGAUAUUGUGCUAUGCUAUGUUAACAAAGAUGUAGCAUGGAUCUAUGUAUUGGGUUGAACCUGCUUUUUAAUCUAUUCUGUCUCUCAGUACUUGCAAUAAUAGUCUGAAUAUUGUGCCCUUUUGUGUUACCUUAAACGCUGUAUUUUUAUUUGACCCUGGUGUGGCAUCGUCAGAAUGUGAAGGGUACUACUUUGCAGCAGA